AUGCUUAAAAUCUGGCAACAAGCUUGGUCCAAGAAACCAUCGCAGGCAGACUCCGAGAAAGGUCUUGACCAGAGCAGUGGGCAGAACGGCCAAUCGGGCAAAGGAGAUGCCGAAAGGAACUCGUCCGCGUCCACUACUGCCAGCGUCAUUUCUAGCUCUGAGGCAACUCUACCUAGCGCGUUCCCUCCAACGCUCCGGCACAAACGAGAUUCGUCGACUUUGAGCAUACCCUCGACCUCCCGAUUACCCAAGAAGCCACGCACUAGAUAUGAUCUUGCUCCUGGGAUGUCUUCCGAACCUCCAGGGGAGCUUGUGGUUUUCCAUGAACGUCUGAAUCAGCUCCCACUUACACCGUUGUAUCGGAAGCUGCAUGAGGCGGACCCGCAGGAGCAGUAUCUCCGUCGUUACUUCUCUGCAUCGCGGCAUGUCUUGGUGGAAGUUGGCUCAUGUGCUUCCGAGCUUGUCUGGCGACGCGCCGCUAGUGACAUAGAAGCCAGCAUCGUUGAGCUCGAUGAAGAUGUGGAACCCCACCCUGAGGCUCCUCAGAUGAAGGAACGCCUCGCAAAGCUUGAGGUUCUGAAUGUCAUCAAGCACUGGGACUUCUCGAUGCCGAACCUCGAUCCAUCUUCUCGAGGGUUCAACGUAACGCCCAAAUUCUUGAAACUCGCUCAAGUCAUGAAAUCCUGCCAGCCAUAUGGGGAAGACUUCCGGGGCAUUAUAUUUGUACGCAAAAAGGCCGUGGCUCAAGAGAUGGUUGACCUCAUACGCACAAUUGAAGAACUUGAUUUUCUUCGUCCUCAGUUGCUGGUCGGGCGGCGCAUGCACAGCAAUCCUCAGGCGCAGAUCGACGUAUUCCAGAUGUUCGCAUCCGGCUCGUGUAACUUGAUCGUUGCCACGAAACGUGCUGAAGAUCUUGAGAUACCUUCUGCCACUGUAGUUCUACGCUGCGAUAUAUACGACAGUCAUCUCUCCUACGGCUUGGCUCGUGCUCGUACGGCGGGCAAACACUCGCGCUUAGUGCACAUGAUACCCCGAGGAAGUGACGUUCAUCGGCGGCGUCUGACAGAGAUAACGCAGCUGUCAGAGCCCGUCCAGGAUUGGCUCGGUACACUGCUCACUGGAUCAUCUGCCCGCAUACCUCCUUACGACAUCCGCGAGACCAACGACCCGUACAUCUCAGAUAGCGAGGACGAAGACGAGCCUGACACUUGCAUUCUCGAUCCUACGACCAGCGGUCGGAUCCGCCUUCAAGACGCCACGAGAAUCAUAUAUCGUUUCGCAUCUAUGCUUCCUCAGGAGAAGAGGCGCCUAUUCACGUUCCAAGAGGCCGACGAUGAUGAUCAGGGGCGGCCGCAAUUUACGUGCGCCGUCCGACUUCAGGAGGACUUUCCCAUCCCGGUCAUCAUGAGCCCGCCCGCUCUCACACGUUCGCAUGCACGACGGACAGCCGCAUACAUGCUCUGUAAGGAGCUGUUUAAUCGCGGUUUGCUCGAUUAUCACCUUUUUCCACGCCCAUUCGACAACGCCGCCCCACGUCGACACACCAUCAACGACACGGGCUUCUUAGACCCCGACGAUGCCGAUGCUGCACCUCAGCUUCCACCCAAAGGCUCGAAUGCAAGCGCUACGGGCACCCGCUGUUAUUCGUGCAAGAUGCCUGAAUUCUGGAAGAACUCUGUGCGCGCACCAGUCACCCGCCUGCACCCUACAGUGAUAUGCAUCCGAAAUGGCCUGGGAUAUGCGCCGAUGAUGUUGAUGACUCGUCAGCCCCUCCCACCUCUAGCCGACUUCGACCUUUUUGUUGAUGGCAUGCCUCUGCGCAUAUUUCUUCGCCGCGGUGCGGCCUUUGACGUGAACGAAGAGCAACAACACCUAUUCCAUCGCUUUACGAUGCGGAUCGUGCGCGCUAUUCAGAACAAAGCCUAUACCGUCGAGCUACAUAACGCGCCCUACUUCUUCGCUCCUCUCAGUCUGCACAGCAAGUGGGCCGACCGUAUCGGCGUCGAGGGCGAGGACAGUAUCCAUGAUAACCGAUGGAGUCCACCGACAGUACUGGAGGAUAUACCGUGGGCCUUGAUACGAGAGAUGGUCGAUCAUACCUUUUCGGAGCUCAGAUCCGACUCGCACGAAUCCUUGCAAGAGGACCUCGUGGACGCGGUGGUUCAAGACCGAUGGAUAGAGUUCACUCGUCGCUUCUAUGCGCUGGGAAUACGCGCAGACUUGACGCCGUUGAGCAAACCAGAGGAGGGCAUCAGAGAGGAGUCUUAUGCGACGUAUCUGGCUUAUGUGGCUGAGAAUCGCCACAACUUUGAGGGGAUGAAGAACGAGAACCAGCCGUUGAUACAGGUGUCGCGUAUCAUGCCCGUACAGAACCUACUUGCGCCGUCAAACAAGAAUGCUACGGACCCUAGUCAGACGCUGCCCACAAAAUAUCUGGUACCGGAGUUCUGCGCCAAACUCACCAUUCCCGCGAGCGUUUUUCGGACAAGCCUCCUCCUCCCUUCUAUCACGCACAAGAUCGACGCACUCAUGCUCGUCAAGGAACUCAAUGCCCGACUCUUUGACAACUCAAUCAUAGAGGAUUACCUACUUUCCGCCAUUAGCUCGCCUGCUGCAGCUUUCCAACAGGACUACGAGCGCCUAGAGCUGCUCGGCGACGCUUACCUCAAGUACCUCUGUACAACGUAUGUUUUCGUGAUCAGCCCCGCUCAACAUGAGGGUGCCCUCCAUGCCGCUCGUCUACGCAUCAUCAGCAAUCGAGCCUUGUUGCUCAAUGGCGACGCUGCUGGUUUACCUCCGUUCAUUCAGUCUAAACCGUUUAUCAGCAAGCUGUGGACGCCGCCUGGUUACGUUUUGGAGUCGACGCAGCCGCCAAUUAAGGAGAAGCUGCAAGGAAGUGUUCACGUCACCCGCGAGGUCGAUGCCUCGACCAUAACUGCGAAUUCCGGGAACGAUAUGAUUAGUGCGAGUGGCGACAUUCCUCGGCCAAAGACAAACGCGGACGUCGAACGGGCAGACCUGCUGCGACUUCGCACGAUGGAGGUAGAGGUCAAACUUGAGCCCUCACCUGACCCAUUACUACUCCCUUCCUCUGCCUUGGAGGACGCGAGUAGAGCACCCGCCGCUGCCCCUGGAGAGACCGCCAAGGUCGGUGACAGCGACAGUGCACCGAAGAAAUUAGGGAAACGUGCCCGAAAGCGCAAAGCGGCUGAGCAACGGGACAUCCACUGGCUGGGUGACAAGGCUGUUGCCGAUGUUGUUGAAGCCAUUAUCGGCGCGGCGUACAUGACAGGCGGACGCGAAACGGCAUUGAGGGCCUGCAAAGCGCUUUGCGUUGGGGUGUCUCGCAUCGACCGCUGGCAGGAUUUUGCAAAGUUAGCCCUCGCACCUCCCCCACAGGUCACGAGCAAGCUUCGGGCCGGUACCGUUCAGGCCAUUGAGCGCAUUCUCGGCGCCAAAUUCGCUCGGCCGCAUCUGCUAGCGCAGGCUUUAACACACGCCUCCAUUCAAGGGUACGAGAUGACAUGUUAUGAACGUCUCGAAUUCCUCGGGGACGCCAUCCUUGAUUUUCUUGUCGUAGACCACAUAUACAACAAGUACACAACGAUGUCUCCCGGUGCCCUGACCAUGCUCAAGAGUUCAAUGGUUUCAAACUUGACGCUUGCAGCCGUUUGCAUAGAGGCCGGGUUGCAUGAAUACUUGAUGUUUGAGUCUCUCACGCUUGCGAAUAGCAUGGACGCGUACGCGGCAAAGAUCAAGAAGAAGCAGCGCGAGGAAUACUUUCUGGCCGAGCGCGAGGGCCGCACUCCUGGCCAAUACUGGCUUGACGUCGAGGGUCCCAAAAUUAUCUCUGACGUGGUCGAGUCCAUUAUAGGGGCCAUCUACAUCUCAGAUAACUUCGGCCUCGAGGGAUGCACAAAGUUCUACGAUCGCGUGUUGCGCCCGUUCUUUGACAAACAUAUCUCAAUGCAAACGCUUGCGCAUCAUCCGACCAAAACGCUCUUCGAACUAUUCCAGACGUAUGGCUGCCAGCGCUUCGAGGUCGUCCGUCGCCAGGAGCUCGUCGAGCUCCACGGCGACGUCCCUGUACAAGGCACUGUCUGUGAGAUGGUCGUCCACGACAUCAUUCUCGCGCGCGGUGCGGAUACGACUAGCUCGAACGCGGCCAAACGCGUCUCUUUACUCUCGCUAGACGCGUUAGAGGGCGACCCGGGCUUCAUGUCGCGGACAUGUGACUGUAGGCUGCAAUCCCAAGCCAAAAAGGCGCAGAAGAAGGCGGUAGAGAAACUUCUGGACGACCUGGACGUGCCGCGACCGCCAGGCGAGACCGAGAAAGAGAAGCAAAGAGCGGAGGCAGAGGCUGUGAAGUUGGCAGCUAAGGCGGCCGAGGCUGAGCAAGCGAAGGCAUCGGAGGGUACAGGAACAACGGAAGGUGACGUCGCAGGGAAGCAGGAGAGGGUUGCGGCGGCCGCAGACCCUGCAGGAUCGACGGAAAGGAGCUCAUAG